CCUCCCUCUAUCCCCUCUCCCUCCCCUCCUCCCUAGCGCUCCCUCUCAGUCUCCAGCUCAUCUGUCUCUCUCUCUCUUUCUCUCUCUCUCUCUGCCGGGCGGAGUCGCCCACCACUGCCAGCCCAGUGCUUGGGGAACCGACUCGAGGCUGUAGCUGCAGUUCCUGAGCACCUUUCCUGCCCCAGGCACAGCUCCAGGCCAGUCCAGGCCAGAGGUGCCAUUUCCCCUCCAUCCCUCUCACAGUGCGCCAGCCUCAGACUGGCCUCCCCGUGGGGAUGGAGCCCAAGAGCUUGCCCACCGCCUCUUGGGGACUCCGGGGGGGCCCUUCAGAGUCUGGAAAUCCCUGGCCAAUACUUCCUCUUCCUUCUCAUUGAGAAGGGGCCCCAGAGAAAACAGGCGAGAUGAGCAGUGUGGAGCUGAGCCUAUAGCCCACGCUGUGACGGGGCGAGGUGUCCACAUGCCCAUGUGGGGCUCCAGGUGGGUUUUUAAAACCAGGGUAAGAGUCCCACCCCUCGAGGUUCCAGCUCUGCUCUGCCCCUGACUUGAAGCUGGCCAGGCUCUUUCUGGCUCCAGACCUCAGUUUAUGCUUCAGUGUAUGAAAGCCUGAACACCAACGUAGUGUGUGUGUGUGUGUGUGUGUGUGUGUGUGUGUACAAUCUCCAGGCUGGGACAUCCUGUGCAGGUGGGAGAGCCUGGGCAGUAAGUGUGCAUGUUUAGAAGGCCGUGCCCCCCAACCUCCACAAUCCCAGGGGCAGGCAGCUGGCACCCCCGCCCCCCACGCCUCCGCCGUGAGCACAGUCAGGAACCACCGCCAGCCGCAUCAGAGGGAGGGACUGAAGGAGGGGGUCCCACAGGGCCUGUCAGCGCCCCCGCCCCCCCAGCUUGCAGGCCCACUCUGCAGAUGCGGUCUCUGAGGCCCCAGCCCUCACACCCCAGGAGGUGUGUGAGGCAGAACUGGGGCACUCCCACUGACCCAGCUGGCCAGUGGCCCAUGAGGGCAGGCAGGGAUGCUCCCAGGAGAUGGUGCCCGCCAUCUGCCCUCCAGAGUCCCACCCCGGCCUUAACCUGAUCCUUUUGCCCCUGGAUUCUAAACCCAGCUUAGGUUUCAGGGCUGCUGGUAGAGCCAGAGACACAGCGGCAGAGGCCUCCAGCAGAGGGAAGACAGCUGUCCCCCCGUGACAGGGCUCAGACCUCUUGAUGGUUCAUUUCACAAAUAUUUAUCUAAUGCUUUCUCUCCCUGACCCACUCCUUCCCUAAGCUUCAGGGAGAGGAAACCAGGUUCUGCAGGAAAAGGCACUGAAGCAGCUGCUCUGCCUGGCGCUACGGCCAGGAGGGUGGGCCUCGGGCACCCACAGGCGGACCCUGGUCUCCCUUGAGGACCCAGAGAAGUUCUGCCAACAUUCUGCCUCCCUCCCCCGGAGGAGCCAGCUCCCAAUUCGACCCUGCCCCCUCCAUGGCUCCCCUGGCCUUGGUGGGGUUUGCACUCCUCCUGGGGACUCCCCCGUGCUCAGGGGCGGCCACCCCGACCCCCUCCCUGCCACCGCCCCCAGCCAAUAACAGUGAUGCCAGCAGUACAGGGGGCUGCCAGGGCUCCAACCGCUGCCAGCCGGGGGUCCUGCUGCCCGUUUGGGAGCCCGAUGACCCGUCGCUGGGGGACAAAGCCGCGCGGGCUGUGGUCUACUUCGUGGCCAUGGUCUACAUGUUCCUGGGCGUGUCCAUCAUCGCCGACCGCUUCAUGGCAUCCAUCGAGGUCAUCACGUCCAAGGAGAAGGAGAUCACCAUCACCAAGGCCAACGGCGAAACCAGCGUGGGCACCGUCCGCAUCUGGAACGAGACUGUGUCCAACCUCACGCUCAUGGCCCUGGGCUCCUCGGCCCCAGAGAUCCUGCUGUCUGUCAUCGAGGUCUGCGGCCACAACUUCCAGGCGGGCGAGCUGGGCCCGGGCACCAUCGUGGGCAGCGCCGCCUUCAACAUGUUUGUGGUCAUCGCCGUGUGCAUCUACGUCAUCCCGGCCGGCGAAAGCCGCAAGAUCAAGCACCUGCGAGUCUUCUUCGUCACGGCCUCUUGGAGCAUCUUCGCCUACGUCUGGCUUUAUCUCAUCCUUGCUGUCUUUUCCCCCGGUGUGGUCCAGGUGUGGGAGGCGCUGCUGACCCUCGUCUUCUUCCCGGUGUGCGUGGUGUUCGCCUGGAUGGCCGACAAGCGGCUCCUCUUCUACAAGUACGUGUACAAGCGCUACCGCACCGACCCGCGCAGCGGCAUCAUCAUCGGCGCCGAGGGCGACCCCCCCAAGAGCAUUGAGCUGGACGGCACGUUCGUGGGCGCCGAGGUGCCCGGCGAGGUGGGAGGCCUGGGCCCGGGCCCCGCCGAGGCCCGGGAGCUGGACGCCAGCCGUCGCGAAGUCAUCCAGAUCCUCAAGGACCUCAAACAGAAGCACCCGGACAAGGACCUGGAGCAGCUGGUGGGCAUCGCCAACUACUAUGCGUUGCUGCACCAGCAGAAGAGCCGCGCGUUCUACCGCAUCCAGGCCACGCGGCUGAUGACCGGCGCGGGCAACGUGCUGCGGCGACACGCCGUGGACGCCUCGCGCAGGGCCUCCCCGGCCGAGGGCCCGGGCGAGGACGAGGACGACGGCGCCAGCCGCAUUUUCUUUGAGCCCUGCCUCUACCACUGCCUGGAGAACUGUGGCUCCGUGCUGCUGUCGGUCACCUGCCAGGGCGGCGAGGGCAACAGCACCUUCUACGUGGACUACCGCACCGAGGACGGCUCUGCCAAGGCCGGCUCCGACUACGAGUACAGUGAGGGCACGCUGGUGUUCAAGCCGGGCGAGACCCAGAAGGAGCUGCGGAUCGGCAUCAUCGACGACGACAUCUUUGAGGAGGACGAGCACUUCUUCGUGCGGCUGCUGAACCUGCGAGUGGGCGACGCGCAGGGCAUGUUCGAACCCGACGGCGGCGGGCGGCCCAAGGGGCGUCUGGUGGCGCCGCUGCUGGCCACCGUCACCAUCCUGGACGACGACCACGCGGGCAUCUUCUCCUUCCAGGACCGCCUGCUGCACGUGAGCGAGUGCAUGGGCACCGUGGAUGUGCGCGUUGUGCGCAGCUCGGGUGCGCGCGGCACGGUGCGCCUCCCCUACCGCACGGUGGACGGCACGGCGCGCGGCGGCGGCGUGCACUACGAGGACGCGUGCGGCGAGCUCGAGUUUGGCGACGACGAGACCAUGAAAACUCUCCAGGUGAAGAUAGUUGAUGACGAGGAAUAUGAGAAGAAGGAUAAUUUCUUCAUUGAGCUGGGCCAGCCGCAGUGGCUCAAGCGAGGGAUUUCAGCUCUGCUCCUCAGUCAAGGCGACGGGGACAGGAAACCAACGGCUGAGGAGGAAGAGGCUCGGAGGAUAGCAGAGAUGGGCAAGCCGGUUCUUGGGGAAAACUGCCGGCUGGAGGUCAUCAUUGAGGAGUCAUAUGAUUUUAAGAACACGGUGGAUAAACUCAUCAAGAAAACGAACUUGGCUUUGGUGAUUGGGACCCACUCGUGGAGAGAGCAGUUUUUAGAGGCAAUUACGGUGAGCGCAGGGGACGAGGAGGAGGAGGAGGACGGGUCCCGGGAGGAGCGGCUGCCGUCGUGCUUUGACUACGUCAUGCACUUCCUGACGGUGUUCUGGAAGGUUCUGUUCGCCUGCGUGCCCCCCACUGAGUACUGCCACGGCUGGGCCUGCUUCGGCGUCUGCAUCCUGGUCAUCGGCCUGCUCACCGCCCUCAUCGGAGACCUCGCCUCCCACUUUGGCUGCACCGUUGGCCUCAAGGACUCUGUCAAUGCCGUAGUCUUCGUGGCCCUGGGCACUUCCAUCCCCGACACGUUCGCCAGCAAGGUGGCCGCGCUGCAGGACCAGUGCGCCGACGCGUCCAUCGGCAACGUGACGGGCUCCAAUGCCGUGAACGUGUUCCUGGGCCUGGGCGUGGCCUGGUCGGUAGCCGCCGUGUACUGGGCGGUGCAGGGCCGCCCCUUCGAGGUGCGCACCGGCACGCUGGCCUUCUCCGUCACGCUCUUCACCGUCUUCGCCUUCGUGGGCAUCGCCGUGCUGCUGUACCGGCGCCGGCCGCACAUCGGCGGCGAGCUGGGCGGCCCGCGCGGUCCCAAGCUCGCCACCACCGCGCUCUUCCUGGGCCUCUGGUUCCUCUACAUCCUCUUCGCCAGCCUCGAGGCCUACUGCCACAUCCGGGGCUUCUAGGGGUCCCCCCAAGGCUCGGCCUCCCCCCUCGAGACCACUGCAUCACGCUGGACUGCGUCUCCUUUGGCCUCCAGAGGGCCAGCCUCCUCUCCUGGGACUCAGCCUCCCUUCCUCCUAGGAAGCAAUCUCCUUCCACUGACAGCCGCCCCAGGUCCUCCUGCCGAGACACGCUGCCCCCUGCAGUCCAGCCCCGUCUGUGACGGGAGAAAUGUCCGCCUCGAGGCUGCUCCGCAGGAACCCACCCCACCUGUGAUGCUCUGCAGGAUCCUCUCCCUAGACACCCGCCCAUCCUUGCUCCAUGAGCCCCCUUUCCUGUAGAGGACCCCCCUCCUCCAGCGGACCUGUGCCCCUCUCCCCCUCCCCGGGGGACCCUGGAAGGAGGCUGAUGGUCCUGGGAUGUCACAGAUCUCAGCCCUUCCCCCCAACCCUCAGGGAGCUCCCUCAGCCUGGGGGUGGGGUGGGGGUUCAUGGGGGGCACGCCUUCCCUGGUUUCUCGGCUCAGGCCCUUGGGAGGACACGCAUUCUCCUUCUCGAGGCUUGGAGAAAGGAGGGAAGACCAGGGGUUCCGGAGCUGGAGGAGGCACACUUUGGAUCUGUAACUUCUCACAUUCCAGCGCCCCCACUUGCCUCCACUACCUCUGAGAGCCCAGCCAUGCCUGGGGGGGGGAGGGGCCACUGUGUGUACAUAGUGUGUUUGGGGGAGGGGGAACGCGGGAGGGUGCAUGACUUGGGGAAAAAGGGGAUGACAGACUUUCCUUUUGAGAGGGCAGCAAACUCCCCCAGCCACGAGGAUUGGCUUUGGGGAGGAGGCCGGAAAUGGAAGGGAGGACAGCCUAUCUUCCCUGACUAUCUAGAAGGCUCAUUUUGCCCUCAGUGCCAGCCAAUCCGGGCAGGACCCUCGAAGAGGAGACCGAGGGUCCCAGAGGACCAAUGCUACAAGCCAGCAAAUGCUGCCACAUCUCUGCCUGAUGGGCACCAGGGGUGGGUGGGUGGGAGGGUGGGACCAGGGCCAGGGGGUCUGGGUGGGCAUUUUUAACUUUGGAGGCCACCCAUCUGUUGUUUUGCCAUCUGCAUUUUCCUACUGUUGAUGUUUCCUGCCCAAAGGACACACUUGGGGUGUGAGGAGGGCUGCCCACUUCUUGGGACCCUGAGGAUGUCCCUGCAACCCUGUAACAGCCAGCUUCCCACAGGUUUUUAGCGUCCUGCCGUCCUGUUGUGCGUCAGCCCCAACACCCCAGACCUGUUGCCCCCUCCUCUUCUCUACUCCUAGCUCAUCAGUACCCGUCGCUGUCUCUCUUCUUUGUGAUUUCUGUAAAAGUUGCCAUAAAACUUUGAAAUUCUGCCUGAAAAA